AUGGGGAGGAGCUGGAAAGUAGAGCUGACUGGUGGAGUUUUUUUUGUGGCAGCAAGAGGCAAGGGGGCAGAUGGCAACAAGAGCGGCGACAUUAGAGUGUGCCGAAAUUUAAUCACGACAGGGCUUAGCUCCACUUCUUUUCAGCCCAACCCCCGCCUUCUACGCGUAUACCCCUGGAACGGAGAUCACAGAACCCCACCCUCGCAGUUUGUAAUGUCGUCUGAGGAUCGUGCGGCACUGGUGGCCCUGUUUUGGUCUACCGGCGGGACUCGUUGGAUUUUCAACGCCAACUGGGCGACAGAUGCUAACCUCUCGAAAUGGCACGGAGUGGAAGUCAACGACCAUGGCCGGGUGGUGGAGCUGGAUCUGAAUAACAACAACCUCAGAGGGACUGUCCCUGAAACGCUUCGAGGUCUGAAGGAGCUGAUGGUUCUUAAUUUGAGCAGCAACAAGCUCACCGGUUUCAUCCCGGCAUGGCUGGGAUCAUUAAAUUACUUGCAAACGCUUGGGCUACACAGCAACCAGCUGGCCGGGCCUAUCCCUGAAGAGCUGGGGGCUCUCAAGGAGCUAACGGAACUAUAUUUGUACAAUAACAAGCUUACGGGGCCUAUCCCUGAAGCGCUUGGAACUCUGAAGGAGGUACGGCAUCUUUGUUUGGACGGCAACAACCUCACGGGACCCGUUCCUAACGCGGUAGGAAACUUGGAAAACCUUCGGGAGCUUCAUCUUCAGAACAACCGCCUGACAGGAGUCAUCCCGGCGGAGCUGGCAAACUUGAGUGCUCUUUCGAAAUUUCGGUUCAGAAACGCAGGAUGGAAGGCCCUCUUUCGCCGUGGCAACAAGCUUGCCGGAGGACCGGCACAUGGCGAGAGGCUUGAUUUGUGGAGGGAUCGAAUGUGGCGCAAUCAUGAGACGAAACCGCAGACUCUCGAGGUCGUCCAAACGGGGGAAGCUCCCGUAACUCCUCCUCCCUUCUUGCUACCGCAGCCGAAGGACAUAAACGAGGGCGAGAAAAAGGAGGAGGACGCUCCCUUACCUUCCCCUCCUACCCCUCCGGUGUUACUACCACAGCAGCAGGAGCCAAGCGAGGGUGAGAUAAAGGAGGAGAACGCUCCCGUACCUUCCCCUUCUGCCCCUCCGGCAUUGCUAGCACAGCAGCAGGAGACAGGCGGGGGAGACGAAAACGAGGAGGAUGUUCCCCUGCCGCUUGGCUCCCCCAACCAAAGAGAGGAGGUGGUGCGGGAAGGGGUCCGUUCUCCCGAACAUGCUUCCUUGUCCCCAGAGAAGGCAGAAGAAGUAGACCGAUUGUUCAGAGUGCAGCUUUCGUCCUCAGCAGGGUUUGAUUCACUCAUCAGAGAAAACCCUGAAGCUCUGGAGGAUAUCCAUCGGGUCAUCAAAGCACCGGCGGCUGGGAGCCUUGAUUUCGUCGAUGAGAUUAGCGACAUGGAGAGGCGCCGCAAGCUCGGUACGCUGGUGAACAUGGCAAAGGCUCUAGGCGAGGUUGCGUUGAGCCACACCGAGGAUAUGGACGUCCAGCGGAAGGAGCUAGCCUUGACUCCAUUUUCCAAAGCCUACUACACCGCCGUCAGAAGCGGGCUUUGUAACGCCUACCUCGCUGCCAGCGUCAUCGACAGUGACUGGGUGUCCACAUGCAAGACCGGUGGCAUGGGCAAGGGAGGAACGGCCUUGGUGCUGCUGUCUAGUGCAGUUCCCGUGAUCAGUGGACUGGCCGGACUAGCAGGCAAGGCGCUGCGGACCGGAGACCACUGUCUCCAAACUCGACGAUUGGUAAAGAUCACGGCCAUGGCAGCUGACACAAUGGAGUGUUGUUCGUUGGCGCGGAGGUUGGCCCUUCAACUCACGGACGGCCUCAAAGACGAUACCGGCAUGAUGGACGAUGAGGCCGACCAAGUCUACACGCACAUCACGGCGGGCAUGAACGGCGGCUCUGGGUCUGGCCGAGACGCUGAUAUUUCGCCUGAUGAUAUGAUCGAAGACGACGUCUUUGAAUACUUGCUGGAAGAGGUGGCCCGCUACGAACGCAGCGAUCACGGUGGAAAGCGGCUAGGCAAGAAGCACCUUCGAAAAUUGUUGAAGGCGAUUCAGCGAGGUUGCCUUGACGGCUCAAGCGGCAUUAAACAAAAGAUGGAGGCCCUUCUACUGGAGAUCCUUCCCGGGGCAGACAUUAGAACCUCGGAAACGUCGAGCACGCCCAAGAAAGUGAUCGUCCGAUCUCCUCCUGCUUUGGCGCCCACCCACGACGGCAGAUUGCCGUCAAUGGCAGAUAUUGCCGCCUUGCAAGCAGCGGUGGAAGUGCUGACAUUAGCGAAGGAUAAGCAGCGAGCAGAGCUCGAAGUAAUGAGGUCGGCCCAGGCAACGCACCAAGCAGAGUUGGAAGCGCUGAAGUCUGACAAGGAAGAGCAGCAAGCGGAGCUAGCAGCGCUGAAUUCCGCCAUGGAGAAGCAGCAAUCAAGAAUUGAAGCUGUGGAGUUCGACAAGGAGAAGAAGCAAUCGAAAAUUGAAGAAGUGGAGUCCGCCAAAGAAAAGCAGCAAGCAGAGCUGGAUACAAUGCAUUUCGAGAGGGAAAAGCAGCGAGUAGAGCUGGAAGCGCUGAAAUCCACCCAGGAGAAGCAGCAGUCGAAAAUUGAAGCAGUACAGUCCGCCAGAGAAAAGCAGCAAGCAGAGCUGGAUACAAUGCAUUUCGAGAGGGAAAAGCAGCGAGCAGAGCUGGAAGCGCUGAAAUCCGAUAAGGAACAGCAGCAAGCAGAGCUGGAAUCGCUGAAAUUCGACCAGGAACAGCGCGAGUCGAGAAUCGAAGCGGUAGAGUCCGCCAAAGAAAAGCAGCACGCAGAGCUAGCAGCGCUGCAUUUCCACAAGGAGAAGCAGCAAGCGGCGCUAGAAGCGUUGAAAUCCGCCAAGGAGAAGCAGCAAUCGAAAAUCGAAGCAGUGGAGUCCGCCAAGGAAAAGCAGCAAGAAGAGCUGGAAGGGUUGACGUCUGCCAAAGAUGAGCUCGAGCGCAAGAGCUUGGCAGUGAGCCGGACGACGAUGUGGGUUUCGGUGAGUCGACUUGCUGUUGUGUUGCCAUCGCCUAACAAGGCCAUCAUUCCGCACCCAAGCGUUUCUCAUUUCGUGCCCGCGUCGCUGCGUUCGGUGCCGAUAUGUACUCUAUUCACAAUCCGUUUCAUCGAUAACUGCGCCAAUUGGCGACGUUCUGCAAAACACGAGUGCCCAAGCCUACUCCAAAUAGCGGGUGGACCGGCUCUCAGACGACGGGUGGCUGUAACAGAGACCGCGCAAGGAUUUUUGGACAGAGCUCAAGAUAGAGCGGCUGGAGCAGCUGACCUCCAUCCGGUGACUGUCUCCGAACAAAGAGAGUUCGAGGCCCUGCAGGAUGAAAAACAUCGUGAACAUGAAGAGAGAUUCAGAGAGCUCGAGGGAGAGAUCAGCAAGGUCGCUAGACGCAAGUCGGCGGCAGCGUCUGACCAUGAUGUGGCGAUGACUGUCAACGAACAUAGAGAGUUCGAGGCACUACAGAAUGAAAAGCACCGUGGACACGAAGCGAGAUUCAGAGAGCUCGAGGGGCAGAUCAGCAAGGCUGCCAGACGAACCGGACGCGGAUGACCCUCCAGUCGCUUGCGAGAGCGGACGACGUCUCUCUUUUUGGACGUGAUCCGACUGCGGAUGGGAACGACGUGUCCUCUUUCUGUAGUCGUCACGGCUGGCUCAUGGUGCCAUGGUGCCAUCCAUCGUCAUGACCGAGGGUAUUGUCAUCCAGAUGUUGUUUCCACAUACGGUGGCAACGUGCAAGGGUGUGGAGAGGAGUAACGCGGUUUGGCAUGAGAAUGACGCGAUUGCAACAGUGAGCGCGUAGAGGCAACAAGUCCGGUCCGGUUGGUUUGUGUUCAUUGCUCUCAGCUCGGUUUGCCUUUGGCUGCCUACUGUAUCGGGAUUGGUCGCUUUUCGUGUUCGAUCUGGUCGACUCUUGGGCCGAUAACCCGCAGUCGUCGGUACCAGCUUGUGCACAGUAGGAGCAUCCCUGAAACCCUUACCACACAGGGACGUUCACUGUAUGCGGUUGGUGAAAACAACGCGUGAGACCUUCCCAGCAUGGGAGGGUUGCCGCGAGGUGUAGUUAACGUCCAGGACAAAGCGAACCUUCUCACACGAGGUGCGCGGAGGAUUACAUUGAUGUGUUUUCCGGAAUCCCCCCGUAGGCCUUGGUCUGCGAGGGGUGAGUACCUUAGCAACGUCCCGUGUGGUCGACAAAGAGAAAAGAGUCGACGCCGCGUAAGUGCGACUUUGGGAAUGACAUGGUCUUGCCAGGCGUUGACGGCUCGUUCUUCCUGGAUUGGAGACACACCUACGGAAAUACUCCCCGCUUUUUGAUACAGAACAGGAUUUCGAACUCUCCUUUUGUUCGUUCAACCGGUUCGUCAUCCGUAUGAGGAGGGUUAGUGAUGCACAUGCAUGCAUCCAAUGGCAGACCCUCUUCAAGGAGUGGAACGACGUGUGAAGCAGGCCUUCCGCCGGUCAUUCGCGCGCGCGGUUUUCCGUGAUGCACCGAUCAUGGCUGAGCACCGACAGUAUUCGGCGUGCCGCUGAGAAUGCAAAAAGAAAAAAUACACCGCAACCUCGCGGUUGUCGUGGCUUGUU